CAAGUCUAUAAAUACUACCAUAUUACAGCAAUUCUGAUAGUGUAGUAGGUGCAAAUGAUGAGUCUCAAACGCCAACUCUUCUCACUGAUUUUACUCACUUUCUUCCUCUCAGCUCUUGCUGCCGAUUCAUCUCAUAAGUGUGUAUACACACUCUACGUUCAAACAGGCUCAGUCGUAAGGGCCGGAACAGACUCCAAAAUCAGUGUCGUGUUGGGCGAUCCCAAAGGAAAAUCUGUUUCGAUUCCUAAUUUGAAGAAAUGGGGCCUGAUGGGCCGAAACCAUGACUAUUUCGAAAGGGGUAAUUUGGACAUUUUCACUGGUCGAGGCCCAUGUAUUGAAUCACCUAUUUGCAAGCUCAAUUUGACAUCUGAUGGAUCGGGGGCCCAUCAUGGUUGGUUUUGUGAAUAUGUUCAGGUGACUUCUACUGGGCCUCAUAGAGGCUGCAGCCAAUCCAUUUUCUACGUGGAUCAAUGGUUGGCCAACGAUACGCCGCCCUAUCAAUUGACGACGGUCCUUGAUGGGUGUGGAUUGGUUGACCAGUUGAAAUCUGGGCCUUUUGUUGUGGCUAAGGGUAAGCCCAUUGGGUCAGCUUCGGAGUAAUUUGGAAGGCCCAAAGGCAAGAAAAGUGUGAGCUUAUUAUUAUCUUUUGCUUUUGGGAGAGAGAUGUGGUGAGACUUCCCCCUUUUUUUUAAUUUCUUGUGAGUGAGAGCUUCUAUCUACUUGUAUCUAAAAUAAAUUUGAACGUAGUACUCUACUUGCUCGCAAUCUUGAGUUUUCUUUUUCAUUUCU